CGCGAUCUACCUUGUUUGCCAUGAUCGAGUAAACCGCGCCAACCACUUGAGCCUCGAAGGGCCGGUCCGUCGACCGAUUUUCCUCCUCCCCCACCGUACAAACCGUCGUUUCCACGCCUGCCGAUUUCGCCCCAGCUUCUUCGACGCGACAUCACUUUUGCAGGAUGCCGGCCGCGCAGGAAAACGACAACUCAGGCGAGCCCGGCGUCGCCCCCGAACUGCCCGCCGGAGCCGAGCCCUUUGUCAUUCUCAAGCAGGAUGUCGAACUCGAGGUUCACUUCCGUGAGAAAAGCAUCAGCGGCGUGUCGACCAUCCAUCUCUUUACCAUAAAUCCGGAUCUCGACGAGAUAUGGCUCGACGCGCGGCAGUGCGAGAUCGACGUUAAGAACGUUACCGUGGAUGGAUUCAAGACAACUGCGUCCUUCUCAGACCCCUACGAUCUGGCCCGAACGCCUCAAGCGUGGCAGCUUGGCGCAACACAACAUCACAUCGUGAAACGGCGAAUGGCACCGCUCAGGCCGGCGCGGCGGCCCGAGGUCCCCAACAAAGACCGAGAGACACUCCCCUGCUGCGUCCCAGCCGACCGCUCCCUAAGGGUGUCCCUGCGGCCUGACGGCAUGUUCAAAGACGAGCCGCGGAAGACCCUCAAAAUUAAGACUUUGAAAGCUGCCAAAGAUGCGCCGCUCGACAGGCCCGACCCGAACGACGAAAAGAAUGGGAUUAAGGUGUCCAUUCCUUUCCGCUCCAAAAAUAUUCGCGACGGCCUACACUUCGUCGGCGUGGACGAGGGUGACCUGAGGUAUCCUCAUGUGUAUACCCGUCAUUCUUUGGAGCCGGGGACGGCGUCUUGCAUCUUCCCCUGCGUCGACGAUCCGGGCUCGAGACAUCCAUGGAAGAUCUCGAUCAAGUGUCCCAGGACCCUGGGAGACGUAUUUGAGCAGCCCUUGACUACACAGCAAUCGAUCAAUCAGAGUCCAGAUGCUGCACGGAAGAGAAAACUCGGAGAGGCUCAUCCUACUACGUUCUCGACUUCCCCGCCGCUGGCGGAGGAGGACAAACUCAUGGAGAUGACCGUUGUCUGCUCCGGCAAUCUCGCCGGGGAGCAGAUCGACCCCGAGGAUGACAAGAAGAAGAUCAUGACGUUCGAAUCGCAGCUGUCAGCAGCGCAGCACAUCGCGUUUGCCAUCGGGCCGUUUGAGCAUAUCCAACUGUGGUCCGAGUUUCGGACAGAGGAAGCAGACGAGAAGCUCGGCGCCAACGCCGCCAAGAUUCAUGCCUACUGUCUCCCAAACCGGGCACACGACGUGCGCCACACCUGCGGUCCGAUCGUGGCCGCGGCGGAUUUCUUCGCCCCGGAAUUCGGCCGCUAUCCCUUUGAGAGUUACAAGGUCUGCUUCGUCGACGACAUGGUAUCCGACACCGUGGCGGCAACGUCCAUGUCUCUGUGCAGUAAUCGGCUGCUCUACCCGGAGGUUAUCAUCGACCCGGAGAUUGAAGUCACGCGGAAGCUGGUGCACGCCCUGGCGAGUCAGUACUUUGGCGUCCACGUCGUCCCGAACCAGAGGUCAGACAGCUGGCUCAUUGUUGGCAUCCAGUGGUUCAUGACGGACCUGUUCAUGAGGAGCAUCUGCGGUAACAACUGGUACCGAUUUCACCUCAAGACCUUGUCAGACAAGCUGGUCGAGACCGAUGUCCAUCGACCAUCCCUCCAUGACCUUGGCGAGUACCUGCACAUCGGCGACUUCGAGCUGGAGUUCAUGUCGCUCAAGGCGCCCCUCGUCCUCUUCAUCCUUGACCAGCGCAUGUCCAAAAUCCCCGGGUCGAUGGGAAUCGUCCGCGUCAUCUCGCAGAUCGUUUCCAACGCGAACAUCAAUGCCACCAUCACCAGCACUUCGCUCGCGGACGCGGAUUUCCGGCGAGCGUGCGAGAAGAAGAGCCAAUACCGACCCGACGAGCUGUGGCAACAGUGGGUACACGGCGCCGGCUGCCCCAAGCUCCUCAUCAAGCAACGCUUCAACAAGAAGAACCUCAAUGUCGACAUCUCCAUCGCGCAAACGCAGAGCAAGGACAACGGGCCGAAGGCUAUCACCAAGGACGAGUUCUUGAAAGAACUGCUGGAGGAGGUGUACGAGGUGUGGGCUGGUCCGGUUCCCAAGCUCUUCACCGGUCCGUUCACCGUCCGAAUCCAUGAGGCCGAUGGCACACCCUAUGAGCACUACCUCGCUAUCACGGACAAGGACAAGGUGGCGACCACGCUUCAGAUCGCCUACAAUACGAAGUACAAGCGAAUGAAGCGGACCAAGAAAGCCACGGCCGCCGCCGCCGCCGCCAACAGCGCUGGCGACAAACAUGAUAUCCAAGAAGACGACAUUGUCUACUUCAACAUGCUGGGCGACGUGCUCAUGAGCCCACGAGACAUCGAGAACUGGGGUCUCCAAGACUGGUCCGAAAGCGUACAGGCCGCGAUGGACCAGGAAUCUUAUGAGUGGAUCCGGCUCGAUUGCAACUUCGAGUGGCUGUGUGAGAUGAUCACGGACAUGCCCGGCUAUAUGUACCUGGCCCAACUGCAACAGGAUCGGGACGUGGUUGCGCACCAAGACGCCAUGCUCUUCUUCAAGCGCGGCAAACGACAUGGCGUGGCCUCGAGUAUCGAGACGCGGACGGUCAUGGAUCGUCGCUACUACCACGGCAUCCGAACCAUGGCCAUUGACGAUCUUCCGAAGCAGGCCGACCCGGAGAUCAACUACAUCGGGACCGCCCAGUUGAUUUUGCUCUACCGGCAUUUCUUCUGCCAUCGGAUCGUCGGCAAGAACGGUAGUGUGACCUUCCCUCCAGCGCCCAACGACUUUUAUGACAAAGCCCAGUACGCGGUCCAAUGCGCGCUCCCCGCCGCCAUUGCACGGACCAGGGAGAAUGGCCGCUGCUCCCGUCGGGCGCGGGAGUUCCUCCUCGACUUGCUCCUGUUCAACGAUAACUCGGACAAUGAAUACUCGGAUCAGUUCUACAUCGCAAAGCUUCUCGAAGCUCUCACGACCUCUAUAAUUCCCGACAAGUGGGAGAGCGAGAGGGACCUCUAUUCCAGCCUCAGGACGGACGACGAUGACGACCUAGAGUUCAAGACGUUCAUCGAGAAGGCCAUCGAGGAGAUUGAAAAAUACCGCCGCAUGGACGAGUGGACGUCAACCUACCACAACAUUUGGACGACGACCGCGUUGCACUGCAAGAUGCGCCUGAUGAAGGCCAACGUCAUUCGUACGGAGCCGCUCGAGUUCGUCAGGUACCUGCAGGACGAAAAUCUCGAUCUCAUCAGGAUCGAGGCAUUCGACUGCCUGGUCGAGCUUGGUCUACUCGCCAAGGUGCCGAUUAUGAAGCUCCUUCUCGCCAACGUGAGCACCGACCCGUCGCCCUUUGUCCGCGAUCGUCUCUUCAAGAUCUUUUGCAAAGGCAUGGCGGCCGUUGCCCUCGGUGAGAGCAAGGCCGCCCAGGCAGAGCCAGAAGCUCCCCUUGACGACAUCGGCUUGGUCGUCGAGCAGGGUGAGGCCGAGAUCCAACAGAGACAGCUUGCCGCUACCCGAAACCAGAGCAUCCACGCCGCACUCGAGGCACUGAAGGAGGAGUUGAAGGGCAAUACCGAGCUGCAGACUGCCAUGUGGCGGGCCGUCGAGUCACCUUCGAUCAGCGUCAAGGAGAAGUUCCAGCUCUUGGCGAUCUGCUCGGCCAUGUUCGAGGCCGAAGACUCACUGCUGACGACCUUCAACUACCCUAGGGUCUGGAGGUGUACGAGGGAACCUACCGUUGAAGAGCCAUUUUCGACGCAGAAGCCCAGGAAGAGGUGUGUUGUCCGGUUCACAACGCACUACCGGACGAAACCGCGGCACAAGCUUCUGAUGGACUCGGCGCCGCCACCAGCUUGGGAAGCCAGCGCUCCGGCGGACAAGGCUAUGGAGCCCUCCGUUCCCACGUCCACUACCGUGCCUUCUACCACACCUGCCUCUACGGCCCCGAAGAAGAUCAGGCUGAGCGCCAACCGAUCCUUCACGGGCUCCACACACCACGGCCCGUCCACGCCAGCCCCUCAGAUUCGGAAGGACUCCAUCCCGGUCACAGAGCCUCGGCCGGCGGUGCCGGCAACAACGGACUUGCCUUCGUCGGACUCCAUUUCAGUCCAACCUCUCCACCGACUGCCUACGUCUUUGGCGGGACCGCCCGCAUCGUCUCCGGUGAUGUCCAGUCAACAGCUGAACGGCACGGCCAGGCCGGCUGAGAAGCGUCCUAAGCCGCCCAAAAAGCGGAAGAGCGACGACGGCGACGGCGUCGAUCGUCCGAAGAAGGUGGCAAGAGGGGAUAUUGGCGCCAAUGGUCAACCAAGGAAAAUCGUCAAGAUCCCGUUCUCUGCAUGGGAUAGAUUGCCGAGCCACAUCAGGGACAAGAUUCGCGCCGAUAAGGCUGCUCCACCGGCCUCGUCGACCAUCCGCGUGACCCCUGCGCAAACGAAGCGAACUGCUUUGGCCGGUCAUCCCGUCCAGUAUGCGGACACGCCGACCCGUCCGGCUGUCCCUGCGGCCGACGCGCAGGCGCCAGCGCCCAAUGGGGGGCAGUCAAUUAUCAAGCAGCGCAAGGCGCUGCCGUCGUCCCCGCGUCCGCAACUCGCGCGGCCGCCAAGCACGCCAACGGUCGAGACGGGCGAGCCCAAGAAGAAGAUCAUCAAGCUCAAAUUCAAACCUGCGUCUCAUGGGGCGUCUCAUGGGGCUUCUCAGGUGCCUCCUCAGACAUCACCGCCUCAGACACCUCGAUAGGGUCGCUGUGCGC